CUCACCCUUAAAAACGGAGCCCUUUCUGUCGCUCCUAUUUAUUGCCUGACAUUUGGCCUAAUCUAUCCAAAGGGACCGAGGAGGAAACGUGCGGUGAAAAGUGAAAGAUGGAAGUGAAGAAAAUCUUAUUUUGAACGUCUUCCAAUUACUUAAAAGCCAAAUUCAUUCAUCAUGAUUAUUACCCGGGAGGGUAUGUAAAGAAAACACCGAAGAAUACCUUAAGUUACUUGGGAUCAUAUGGACCAUAUUGUUAUGGUGUUUCUAUAAAUCACGGAGGAGACCCGUGUUACUACUUCCCUGAUGGCACUUCUGAACCGGACCCUGGCCGAAGUGGCGAUGGAAGCCGCGGCUCGAUGCUGUAACUCGUCCACGGACGGAUCGCUCCAAGCGGACCAAGGCUUCCAAGGGGAGCCGCGCACGGCCGGCGCGCUCCAGAUCGCCGUGCUCUGCGUGCUCUGCCUCACCGUGAUCUUCGGCAUCUUCUGCCUGGGCUGCAACCUGCUCAUGAGGUCCGAGAGCAUGAUCAGCCUGCUGGUGGAGGAGCGCAGACCGUCCAAGGAGACUGAGAUCGCGAUGGUCUCCUCUUAGACUGGGGGACCAGAUGGCCCCU